UGAAGGGGAUCAGGUGGUGUCCUUUUCUCCACCCAACCUCGCCGCAGCUUCUCCUCCAAUUCUGCCGCGGACGACGACGGUGAGGCGCGCGACGGCGACCGGUGCGACGGUAUGUGACUCGACGGCGAGCGGUUCAGAAGAAGAAACGAACCAGUGCGGAGCAGCAGAAGAAAAAGAGCGAAACCCCAAUCCCCUAAUCAGAGAACCCUGGUAAUUUAAAUAGAAGUUCAGUUCCGAACCCAAAGUUCAAGGAUGAGAUUCAUGGCGCACGUCUUGUUCAAACCUGCAUGGAAACGUUCUUGGUCUAAAGCUAUGUGUACCCAGAAUUUGCAAAUACUUUCAUUUUCCCAGUACUCCACAUUGCCGCCAGUAUCUGUCUCUCCCCAGUUCCAAGAGCUCUGCAGCGUUGUCAUGAGCACUGUUGGUGGGCUAGAUGAUCUGGAGUUGAGCCUAAAUAAGUUUAAAGAUUCUUUAACUUCGUCUCUUGUGAGUCAGACUAUUGAUUCUAGUAAGCACGAGGCACACACUAGAAGAUUGCUCAGGUUCUUUUUAUGGUCUAGUAAGAAUCUGAAUCAUAGUUUGGAAGACAAGGAUUACAAUCAUGCUCUUCGAGUUUUUACUGAAAAGAAAGACUACACAGCAAUGGAUAUUUUGAUGGGAGAUCUCAAGAAGGAGGGUCGAGUCAUGGAUGCAGAGACUUUUGGUGUUGUAGCGGAUACUUUGGUUAAUCUGGGAAAAGAAGAUGAGGCAUUGGGUGUUUUCAAGAACUUAGACAAGUAUAAUUGUUCUAUAGAUGAAUUUACUGUCACUGCUAUCAUUAAUGCCCUUUGCUCCAAAGGGCAUGCCAAGAGGGCUGAAGGGGUAGUUUGGCAUCAUAGAGACAAGAUUACAGGCGCACUACCUUGCAUAUAUAGAAGUCUUCUUUACGGGUGGUCUGUGCAGAGGAAUGUGAAAGAAUCUAGGAGAAUUAUUAAAGAGAUGAAAACGAAUGGGUUUAUUCCAGAUUUGCUAUGCUACAACACAUUACUCAGGUGCCUCUGUGAACAGAAUCUUAGACAUAAUCCUUCGGGACUUGUUCCUGAAGCUUUAAAUGUCAUGAUCGAGAUGAGGUCUUAUAGGGUUUUCCCAACCUCUAUCAGUUACAACAUACUCCUUUCUUGUCUAGGGAAGACCCGAAGAGUCAAGGAAUCUGUUCAAAUACUCGAAACAAUGAAAAAUUCUGGUUGUGAUCCUGAUUGGGUCAGCUAUUAUCUUGUGGCAAAGGUGUUAUUUCUGAGCGGCAGGUUUGGUAAGGGGAAAGAGAUAGUGGAUCAAAUGAUUGGAAAAGGUUUGAUGUCAAAUCAUAAGUUUUACUAUAGUUUAAUUGGUAUUCUCUGUGGAGUUGAAAGGGUAAAUCAUGCUGUUGAACUGUUUGAGAAAAUGAAGAAAAGUUCAAUGGGAGGUUAUGGACCUGUUUAUGACGUGCUCAUUCCAAAGCUUUGUAGAGGCGGAAAUUUUGAGAAGGGGAGAGAGCUCUGGGAUGAAGCUAAAUCAAUGGGCAUCAUUCUUCAGUGUUCCGAAGAUGUUUUGGAUCCUUCAAUAACGCAAGUUUACAAACCUAAGAAGCCAGAAAAAAACAGUCUUGUAGACAGCUCUAAAGCCAAGUCUACACACAAAGUUAAAAAAUUUGUUGGAAAAAUAAAGAUGAGAAAAAAAUAUGAUGCAACAAAGAGGAAAAAAGUUAAAAAGUUUACUUCAAAUUAAUUUGAUAGUUUUACAGUUCCAGUUCCCGCUUUCUUCUGCCCUUUUUCUCCAAAGAACAUCUUAUUAUUGCUGCUUGCUUAUUAUAGAUUAAUAUCGAAUUAGUACUACUACAGUUUUGGGGUUAUGAAGUACUGAUAAGUCCCGGUUUUGUUGUAUUUUUAGAGCCUAACAUUGUGUCCUUGGGUUUUAGAUUGCAUUUACUUUUUAGUUUUAGCCAAUAUUUGGUUUUUCUUGAAUAAUUUGCGAAUUUUAUAAAAACAUGUUAAUUUGUAGUUUUUAGAUAUUUUUAUUUAUUUAUUUUUUUCAUAGAAUUUUAGUUUGGUAGAUUUCUAGUGAUUUUGGGAAAAUAAAGUCCAGCUUGAGUCAGUUUUAAUUUGGAAAGUAAAUUUUCAGCUUGGAUUUUCGAUUCAGAUUUUAUUUCAAGAUUUUGCAAUGUAUGUGGACAUGUUCUUUGGAUCUCUAGUUGUUGUGCAGUGGUUUCUGCUGUAGCACUUAUCCAGUCCAGUUAGAAGCAAGCUUGACCGAGAGUUGACUGAAGAAUGGCUGGAGCAGUUGCAGUGACCUGUAUUAGCCAGUGAGAAACUCAGAAGGACAGAUGUCUCAAGCUUAGGUGACUUGCUCUAGCCUGUAUGAACAUUUAAGUUGGAAUUGUUCUACUUGUUACCUAGUAGUCCUGUUAUUGUACAUACUUUUUACCUUUUGCUAGCAGUUUCAAAGACUUGUUCUCGACAGUUUUACUGGUUUUUCAGUUUUAGAAACAUAGAGAAGCCUAUAUAAGGCCUGUGGCCGGACAUAUUGCAGUAUGUGAGAGAGGAGAGUUCACUUUAGUUUAGAUCUUCUUCAUUUUUCUCUGAAGUUGGGAGAGGGGACAGUAUCUCUCGGUGCUUUCCAGUUUCCAACUCCAGCAUUUGUAAUUCUUCAUUCAGUUCCUAAUGCAUUCAGAUUUGUUCUCUCUA